AUGCGAGUCUACAAUGUUGCUGCAAGACCGAUCGUGGAAAAUGUGCUAAAAGGCUAUAACGGGACUAUUUUUGCAUAUGGACAAACUGGCACAGGGAAAACAUUCACCAUGACCGGAGAUUUGGAAAGAGCUGAGUUACAGGGAAUAAUACCGAACUCUUUCGCUCACAUUUUUGACCAUAUCGCAAAAUGUCAACAAGACAAAACUUUUCUCGUUCGUGUGUCAUAUCUGGAGAUCUACAAUGAGGAGCUGCGUGACUUGUUAGCCAAAGAUGGACACGGGUCGAACCUUGAAAUCAAAGAGAAAGCGGACGUUGGUGUAUAUGUGAAGAAUUUGAUCUCAAUCAUUGUUGGAAGUGCUAGUCAGAUGCAGAAACUUAUGGAAUUUGGCAGUAAAAAU